AAAUAAACAAUAUAUUAACGAAUAAACGUGCAUGAUAUCAGACGGACUUUCAAAUAAACAGGAAAUUGGGGGAAAUCAGUGAUUGACAUAUAAAGUUACAUAUUACAGAGUUAAAAUAUUUUACUUAAUAGGCGUAAAAUGUUAAAGAAAUGCCAGUACAAGAAGAAAAAGAUAUACUCAAAGAAAUGACGAGUGAAACAGAAGUACACGUACACGAAGGAAUUGCGAGUGAAAAAGAGGCAUAUAGGGACGUUGCGAGCGAAGAAACACAAGACAAAGCUGUUGAUACACAGCCAAAAUUGAACAAAGACAAACAUGAAGAGAAACGAUUUCAUUUGACAAGAGUACAGGCGGAGAUACUUGCCUGGGUUGUCAUAUGUUGCGGCUGCUUUCUUCUUGGAUGCUGUGCUCUAUCAUUCGCAUGCCAGGCAAAGGAAGCUGAAGAUGAUAACGAAUAUAAGAGAAGAUUAGUUUGGUCAACGAGGUGCGGGAUUGCAAGUCUUAUUGUCACUAUUACAAGUUGGCCUUUAGUUGCUUUAUUAAUUUAUUUUACUUAAAUACUUGGCUGCUUGAUACCUUAUAAACUCUUUAAAGUUACUUAAUUUGUUUAACAUUAAAGAAACCAUGAACAAGACAUAAAUUCCAUGUAUCAUGUAUUUGAAGUGAUUGUCGAAACUACGGUCCUUAAAACAGUCUGAUUAACACAACAUUCUUUGUUUUGGAUAUGUUGCGCAUGAAUGUAGCAUAUAAGCUGCCUUAACACUAAGUGUUCUCAUUUUAAAUGUAAAAAAAAAACGUGUCUAAAUCUCUCGUAUCAUUUUUAGAUGUAAACGUUUCUUUAGACGAAAACAAUAUUAUACAUACUGAUAUACAUGUUAAAGAGACAGAUAAUCAUCAGUAUUUAGAAUACUCUUCCUGUCACCCAGUGUCUUGUAAAAAUGGUAUUCCGUACAGUCAAGGAAAACGUUAUCGCCGUAUCAUUUCUGACGAUAAUGUUUUCAACGAUUCUUUACAGAAUUCAAAGAAAGAAAUUAUCCUAUCAAUGUUAUUGAUACUGCACUUAGUAAGGUUUCAUGUCUAACACAAGAUGAGGCCCUGUGCACUAACAACAAAACAAGUGAUGGCAGUGUAAUUCCCUUUGUUGUUGAGUAUAACCCAACUUUACCUAAUAUUAGUAAUAUCAUUAAAAAGUAUUGGGAUUUACUUCAACUUUUAAGUAAAUGUUCUGUGCAAAAGCUUCAUGAAAGUAAACCUUUGGUUGCAUUUAAAAGACCUAAAAAUCUAAAAGACAUUCUCGUUAAUUCUAAUGUUAGGUCUAAUAACAAAAAUGUGAAAUGUUCAUCCAAAUGUAAUAGAAGUAGAUGUACACAUUGCAGCUCUAUUAUUGAAAGCAAUAUAUUUAGUAGUACUAAUAUUCCUGGUAAGAAUUAUCAUGUAAAUAACAAUACUGAUUGUUCUACGAAAAAUGUUAUAUAUCUUGUCACUUGUGAUAAAUGUAAAGAGCAAUAUGUUGGUCAAACAAAGCAACAAGUGUCUAAACGCAUGAAUAGCCAUAGGUUUGAUAUCAACAAUUUUUCCGAUCCGUUAUUUUGAACCAAUGUCGCUACACACUUCAAUAAAACUAAUCAUUGUAUUAAGGAUUUUAAAUUAAUGCCCAUAGAGAUUGUCUCCGAUGAUAUGGAACGCUUAUUAUAAGAAUCAUACUGGAUUCAUAAGCUUAACACAUUAUCUCCUUAUGGCAUGAAUGCAAAAGUUUUGUACAAUAUAUAACUUUGUCAUUAUUGAGCCGGUAUACAUAUACAUGUAGUAUGUUUUUUCUCAUAUCAAGGUUUUUUUUAUUAUUAUUAAUUAUGAGAAUUUUUGUAUCACAUGUGCAGAUCCAUAUUAUAUGUGUAAUUUAUUGUAUAUUGCUGUAUUUAUAUUCAUGAAAGAUUCUGUAUUUAUUUGACAAA